AUAUAGGAGCUUAACCGCGUGAAAACAUACCAACUUCGGAUUGUUUGUCUUGCUACGUCAGUGAACGUACGGACAAAUUUCCAACAGCGAACAUCGUUUGAUACUUUUUGUACAAAGCUAAGCAACACCUUUGAGCACCGUUUAAGCACCAUCUGAACGGAAUACGAACAAAAUGGCCGCAUCGAGACCACGACAGAACUUCCACGCCGAGAGUGAGGCAGGGAUCAACAAGCAGAUUAACAUGGAGCUGUACGCCAGCUAUGUGUACCAGUCCAUGGCCUUCUACUUCGACCGCGACGAUGUUGCUCUGAAGGGAUUCUCCAAAUUCUUCCGUAAGUCCAGCGAGGAGGAACGCGAGCAUGCCGAGAAGCUUAUGAAGUACCAGAACAAGCGAGGCGGUCGCAUUGUGCUCCAAGCCAUCCAGAAGCCCGACAAGGACGAGUGGGGGUGUGGCCUGGACGCUAUGAAGACAGCCCUGGAGCUGGAGAAGGCUGUCAAUCAGGCGCUGCUUGACCUGCACAAGAUCGCAGAAUCGCACUGUGACCCCCAGAUGAUGGACUUCAUCGAGGGCGAGUACCUGGAGGAGCAGGUGGACGGGAUCAAGGAUCUGAGUGACCAUAUCACUAACCUGAUCCGUGUCGGGCCGGGCCAAGGCGAGUGGCACUACGACCGCAAGCUCGACUCGUAGGCGCUUCCGGUAUCGCCAUUCGUCACGUGAUCGACCGUUUCUGCGUCGACGUGGCUAGGAGACCCAAGCAAUGAACUGUUUUCGCUUUAAAUUGAAACGUUACGUAAUUUUUGUUGAAGCUUUUUUCCCGUUAAAACAAUAUUCAGUGAUUUUUUUUUCAAAACUGUGGGUCUCAAAAAAAAAAAAAAAAAAAAAAAAAAAAGAGUAAAAUUUCAA